AUGCAGUGGCUAGUGUUUGCAUUUUGUUUGACGUUCGCGGUGAUCCGAGCCGACGAUUCGGCUCCGCGAGUGAACGAUGGCGUCGACGCUCCCUGGGGCAUGUUCCCGUCGGCCGUGUCGAUCAAUACGACGUUCCGGCACUGUGGCGGCGACAUCGUCGAUCGCCAGCAUGUCCUGACGGCAGCCCAGUGUGUUUUCGGUGACAACCGGCGCCUGAUCGAUCCGUACUGGAUCACGAUCGUGGCUGGCGACAUCAAUCUCGGCGGGGUCAGUCACCACCGGCAGACGCGCAAGGUGGUCGCGAUCUUCCCGCAUCCCGAGUUCAACAUCCAGACGCUCGAGAACGAUCUGGCGGUGCUGCGCGUCGACCGUCCGUACGAACUGCCCUCCAACACACUGAACGUGGCCAACCGAACUCGGCGCGUCGUGUCGUUACAGGAGAACUGUCAGUUGGCCGGAUGGGAAGACAUGACCGCCAUCUACUUGCUGCAGCAGCGCUUCAUUUCGAUGGCGCCGAUGGACCGUGACAUCUGCAACCAGUUUUACUUCCACGCGGGCCGAGUCCUGGAGAACAUGCUCUGUGCGACCAUCUCGGGGUCAUGCACCGCGAACGUUGGCACCGGCCUGUACUGCGACCGGGUGCUCGUUGGCAUCCUGAGCUACGGCACCAACUGCAACGUGCCCCACAAUCUGCCCGUCUUCACGCAGAUCCUCUUCAACAACCCGUGGAUCGAACAGCAGUUCAGUGAGACGGAGGGUCGCCCCUUCGGCUGGUCGCCGGGACAGCUUUAG